AUGGGAGUACGGCGGGGCUCGAUGAUCCACGCAGCCUGGUCUUCGUGCCUCGAGGUAGUUGAAGUCAUCUGCACCGCCACGGGUGGCGCGUGCAUGUUCUACGGUGUGGUCGUGGGCAUCCGUGAUACCCUCGAGUGGGACUGGCUGGACGAUCGUCAAACUUUGUGGGUCUUUGAAGACGGAGAGUGCACCAAUGUAUGGCAAGAAUGCGUCGAGCGACCCCGAGCAAGCAACGCUGCUUGGGCGUCCCGUCUCCAGUGCAUCGUGGGCUGCUACGAGACCGAUGACGGCGCCAAUUUGUACGCCGUCAAAUGGGACGGCUACGCGUGUCCGACGUGGGAAAGCGAAGAGGACCUCUCCAAUUACGGCUGGUUGAUGGCCGAGCAUGAUGAGACUUGCCGUUGCGCGCCGCGCCUUCAGAGUCGCUGCGAACGAAACGAGUGGAACGGACGAAGUCGCCGAAAAGCGGGCCGAGUCGCGCCACUUGUUGAUUUGCGGCCGACCGAUGUAGUCUCAACGGCAGAGAUCUAG